GCGAAUCGCCCAGUCAGCUGCGCUGUGUGUGACACUUGUCAAUGUUUACGUGAAAUCAGGGGCGGGCGAAUUUUUGCCGAAGCUCGAUUUCUUUGAAAUUUGGUCCUUCGGAGGGAUCGAGGUAUGGACAGGCCGAUAUGAGUUGGUUCGACACGGCCGGCAUCGCCAGUUUGGCGAAAAACGCGCUCAAAGAGGCGCAGAGGACCAUCGACAAGGCGCUCGACAUCAAGGAUGACGACCCUGCGCCUUCUAAAGUUGUGGCAGCGUCGACGUCAGCUGCAGAAGACGAGUCGGAUGGAUUCUUUUCCAGCUGGGGCAUUAAGAGCCCGACAAGUAGUCUCGAUGUCUCGACGAGCAAGCAAGGGACACCGUCGGCAGCCGACUUGGCUGUACAACAUGAGCCUACGCCCUCGACCAACAACCUGUGGGGAUCCUUCACUGGCUCCUUCUUUGAUGCUGACAAUAAAGCUGAGCCUGAACCAGGUUCAACGGAAGAUCAGCCGGACACGGCACUUGUGCUUCGUCAACCCAAAAAGGUGACCCUAGAAGCCGUCGGCACCAAGCAGCCUCCUUCAAGUCUUGGUCUGGCAAGGCAAAACAGAGGAAGGAAUGUUGCACCCUUCAAUCCCAACAGAUUGUCGGUGAUCUCAUCCAGCACUGGAAGUCCGGACGAGGGAGGCAGCGAAAGUGUUGAAGUCUUGGGAUCCACCAGUGAAAGUAGCCUUUCACCUGAAACUGCGGAGGCCUGCCAACGACUUGCAGAGCAGAGCUCUCCAGAGUCAGUUGGCAUAAUUGCAGGCGGCAGCAGCAGUGAUUUGACUUCUCCCAGUUCUGUGGAGGUGCUAGGUUGGAGCGAGGCAAACUCGCCGUGCUCUCCGUUGAGGCCACUCACCCUCUUUCCUGUCCGUCCUCAGCAGCAGCAACCACCCUUGCAGAGCCCUGUUAGUGAUUUACUCACCCCUGAGAGUGUCGAGUUCCACCCUGAUUGUGUGUUCAAGAAUUCUGAGCUUGUGAUCAACGAGGAAGAGUCGGAGGCAAGUCUGGCCGACGACAGCUCAACCUCGGCGUCAAGCACAACAACGACAACUGUGAUGGAGCCAAGGGUGGCUGCCAUUGAGUUGACUGCCAGCGCUCACAUGCGAACCAUGCUGGCUGAGGCCAUGGAGGAACAGGCCAGUUCGCACUCUUCUGAGCACAGUUCCCAGACGGCUGGCAGAGAUCAACAUUCUCCUGUUUCCUCACUCACGUCUGAGCCAAUAAAAAUAGAAUGUGGCCAACUCAGCGGACAGACAUCAGGUGACGAGUUAGAGACGGCCACCUCUUCAGACAUUGAGAUUAUCUCCAGCCCGAAUGGUGACAGCAGCAGCACACACUCCCGGCACAGCCCCACAAAGCUGCAUCCACUGGUUAGCGUUGUGAGAGCCGAGUUGCCCAGCAGUGGUUCCCCAGACUCAUCAACAUCAGAACGUGCUCCACUUAGACUUCCAGGCAUCGAUCCAAAUGCGCCCAGUGAGGAAAUGCUGAAAAAAAUCCACGAACUACAUGGACUGUUGGAGGUGCGCGAGUCUAAACUUUUUGAGCUCAGUAAGAAUAACAUUGAGCUACAAGAAAGCAACACUGACCUGCAAAAACAACUUGAAGCUGGUCUGCAGAAGCAAGCAGCCAACACUCAAGACGUUAGCCAGAUAACUGAAGAAUUCACUCAGCGGCUAUCUGCUUUGGAGCGGCGCUUCCAACAAGCCAUUAGAGACAAGGAGGCCCUUAAGCGGCAGUUAGAUAGUGCAAAACAGGAAGCGUCUGGUAAAGUGGAUGUUUCGGAGCUGCAGGCAAUUGUGGCUGAAAAGGACGAAGAGAUCAAAGAGCUGCGUCUCGAGGGUGAAAAAUUAUCCAAGCAGCAACUGCAACUCUCCACUCUGGUAAAGAAACUUAGAGCCAAGGAAAAAGAAAUGGAGACUGCUUCAAAAACCAACAAGCAGCAUUUGUCUGAACUCAAUCAAGAGGCGGAAAGGCUGAAGAAGUCAUUGAGCGCCAAGGAAGAGGUAGAACGGAGUCAAAUUGAAGCAGUCAAUCGUCUGACGGCACAAGUCAAGCGGCAGGACCGCGAACUCAGUGCUGCGCAGAUCCAGCUCAACGAUAUGAAAGAGGAAAAAGAUCGUCUGCAGGACUCUCUUGAUUCCAUUAAUAAGGAAAUGACAGAGCUUCGUUCAUUGCAGUUAAGCUCCGAAUUGGCCCAGCGUCAAGUUCUGUCUCAGCAAUUAGAGGAGAAACAAGUUGAGAUAAAUCAAUUAAAAAUUACACACGAACGUGAAUUGGAGGCGCUACGUCUUGAGUUUACGUCUUCUUCAGCAAGUGGCUCGCAGCGAGAGGAGCAGCUGCGGCGAGAACACAAUGCUGUGCUAAAAAAGCUGCAGGCGGCUGAGGCGCGGGCUGAAGAACUUGCCCACUGCACCUCUGACUCAACCAAGCCUCUGCUGAGACAACUUGAGGCUCUGCAGGCGUCUGCCUCCAGCCAGCAGCAAUUAGCCGAGCGAAGUGAACGACAACUUUGUGACAAAAUCUCCGAGCUGCAGGCAAAACUGACGGCCAUAAGUGAGCAGGAGCGUUUGUCCAGAGACCGAAACUCCACCAUCAAUGCUCAGCUUGUGGCCCUACAAACUGAGAUAGCCACACUUACUGCCACCCACAAAGAACUGCAAGUUGCCUGCACUACAUACCAGCAUGAAAAGCAAACACUUUCUCAAAGCAUCAAGGGGAUACAGGAGCAACACAAAGAGGAGGUAGAAGGUUUGAGGAAAGAGAUCUCAUUGAUGAAGGAUCAGCUGGCUGUUCAGCAGGCGGCUACAGAGGCUGAAAAGCGUCACGUAGCCGCACUAGAGUUCAAGUUGAAACAAGCAGAAGUUGCUCGUAGUCAGAUGCUCGAACAGAACCCCCUUACUGUAUCCAUAUCACAUCAGGCUGCAUCUCAAAGCCCCCCAAGAGCUUCCCCUGCGCCCUCUUUGAGUGAUAGUGUUGCCAGUACCAGCUGGUUACCUGACGAUGUGCUUGAAGGAGUGGGUGUUCUCAGUCUUGCUAACGAGAUUGCUUCUGGAGGGGCCACCUCAGCCCUUCUUGAAGGCCUUCAGUCUCAGGUGAAGAGGCGUGACGGAGAGACAGCGCUGCUUCGCUCGCAGACAAAGCGACUAGAGGCCCAGCGCACUGAGCUGGCCUCUCAGGUAGCCACUCUGUUGUCCAAGGCCGAGACCCAAGCGGCUGAGCUGCAGCGGCUGUCCGAGUUGGAGCGAAAGUACGACGCCCUGCUGCAGAUGUACGGGGAGCAGCUCGAAGCCAACCAGGAGCUGCGCAUGGACCUUGACGACGUCAAGGAGAUGUACCGCACCCAGAUCGAGGCCCUCUUGGGCACCAACGGCAGCCAACCGCCUUUGUGAGCAAAGAGAAAAAGGACACCUAGUCAGAGUGCUCGCUCGACUGAUUUGGCUUGUGAUCAGAAAACACACACGCGUUAUUUUUUAAGACGAUUCCCAUGAGACUUGCUUGAUCGGCCAGCGUAUUAUGAAGAUUUAUCAUUUUAUCUUGUUUGUUGCUCCGCUGUUGAUUUCAGAGCAGGUUUCACGAAAUGGUGCACGUUUGCUCCGAGACUAUUCCUUUUAUAAUAUUAAUGAUUGUUGUAUUCUUAAUAAAGAGGCACAAUGGAAGUGAAAAAUGCUGUUUUGCUGCUGAGUGGCAUCGGAAAGUACCUAGCCUUUUAUUUUUUGUCUUAUCUGCUUACAAAAUACUUGUAUAUUUACACAAUCAUUUUUAUAUAGUGAAUAAAGAUGCGUGAGUUGACUAAUAAGGCUUAAAUGAAAAUUGCAAUUGAUUAAAAGAGAUAAUAAAAUAAGAAUGGUUUGAAUAACAGUAAUCAACCAGCAAGUCCAGCCUUUUGUCGGCACCGGUUCAUCAAGGCACGAAGCAUGAAUUGCUUUCGUGAGAGGGCGCGCACCUGCUUGAGAAAGGCGUCCAGGUCGAUGCGGCCCCUGCGCAGCGCCUCGCCCAAGUAGUAAAUGACAUCCUCGAUGGCAGACUCCUCUGCAAAAGCAUUCAAGAGCUGCCUAUAAAGGGGCGCAGUGGUGGUCACCGCCUCAUCAAUGUCAAUCGGUUCCUCUGAAGACAACUUGCCCAAUCCCUGGGACAAAA